AUACUGGGCCGCUCUUUUGCUGAAACCAUAGGAAUGCGACACACUUUGUAUAAUGCUCAAAGCUCUGCUGUGCCGCGUUGUCUGUAUGUGUAUGUACCCGUGCAACCUCCGUUAACGCCGAAUUGCCGAAAUCUCCGUUGUCGUUUCGUGUUUUUAUGGGGAAAUAACGACGCUUCUGACGCGUGAACUAAGUUUUCAUAUCCUCGCGGAAACAGCGCCGGCGGUGCAGUCUGUCUUUUUCCUCUUUCGUCCUCCGCUGCGCUUCCCAACAUGAGAUCAGGUGGAUAGUGUGUGAAUAUGUCGCUGUACCUGGAACUAAAAGUCUAGUGCUAGGCUGCAGCUACCCCAGCAACCAUCAUGUUUACGAAGAAGAAGAAGUCUCGUAUCCAAAUCUCAGCUCCAUCCAACUUUGAGCAUCGCGUACAUACAGACUUUGAUGAGCAUGAGCAAAAAUUUGUUGGGUUGCCCCGGCAAUGGCAGUCACUCAUCGAAGACACGGCCAAAAGGCCCAAACCCUUUAUCGAUGUUACCGUCAUCACCACUGUCGAGCCACGCAAGGCAAUCGUACGAGGCAACAAGAUGGCAGUGGAUGGCUCUCUGACCUGGCUGUUGGAUGAGUUUGACACCAUGUCCGUGACUCGCUCCAAUUCCCUGCGACGAGGAAGUCCUCCUGUCCAACCCCGCAGGGACUCAAGCUCAUCAGGAGGAGGCGGGCAGGAGAAUGGAGAUCCUCACCACAGAUACUACUCACAGCCAGACAGAAAAGACAGUCACAGAUCUAGACUGGAACAUCAGAGUGGAGGUGAGUCCCACCAGGGUCAUCGAGCAGUCCCUUCUACUCAGAGGAAUGAGGGCGUCCAUGGUCGGCCACAGCAGCAGCCCCGUGGCCAAGAGCCCAGCAGGGCCCACAGGGAUAGACCAGGCUCUGGCCCUCCCCCUCCCCCCCACAGAGACAGAGAGCCGCGAGACAGGGACCAGGUGGUUCGCAGGGAUCAACCCAGUGAUCAAAGGCCAAAGUCAAGCUACAUGACACGGGAAGGCAGCCCACAAUCUCCCAGGGACAAGAGGCCUCUCUCUGGGCCCAACAUCCGUACCCCAAACAUGCCAGUAACAGAGGGUGUAAUAAAGACAACCCAGCAGACCACUCGGCCGUUCAACACCUACCCAAGGACAGACAGUGAUGGUGGCCGCAGCCCUACAGGACAGCCUGUUCGAUACCCUGAACCUUCCUCUCAAAAUGGUCCUUCAAGUGGUUCAAGCAAAGGUUCUGCUAGCUCCAAACCUCCUAUAAGUCAUCCACAUCCUCAUCAUACUUCCCACCCAAGCCUGGCCCCUGAGGUCUCUCAGCACCCACACACACCUCAUCCGAACGUUCCGGCUCCGCGGCCCCCAGUGCCCUCUGGGCCACCUGCUUCCAGUGCACCAUCCCAAGGUCGCUCACCACAGAGGGAGCCCCAAAGGGUUUCCCAUGAGCAGUUCAGAGCGGCACUACAGAUGGUAGUGGAUCCUGGUGACCCAAGGACCUACUUGGACCACUACAUUAAGAUAGGGGAAGGAUCCACAGGGAUUGUGUGUAUAGCCACAGUGAAGACCACAGGAAAGCUGGUCGCAGUGAAGAAGAUGGACCUGAGGAAACAGCAGCGCAGGGAACUCCUCUUCAACGAGGUGGUGAUCAUGCGGGACUAUCAUCAUGAGAAUGUGGUGGAGAUGUACAACAGUUACCUGGUGGGAGAUGAGCUCUGGGUUGUCAUGGAGUUCCUUGAGGGAGGGGCACUCACUGACAUUGUAACACACACCAGGAUGAACGAGGAGCAGAUUGCCACAGUGUGUUUGUCUGUCCUGAAGGCAUUGUCUGUCCUCCACACACAGGGUGUCAUUCAUAGAGACAUAAAGAGUGACUCAAUCCUCCUCACUCAUGAUGGCCGGAUAAAACUGUCAGACUUCGGUUUCUGCGCUCAAGUGUCUAAGGAAGUGCAGAGAAGGAAGUCUCUGGUGGGAACGCCAUACUGGAUGGCACCAGAACUAAUAUCCAGGUUGCCGUAUGGACCAGAGGUGGAUAUCUGGUCUCUGGGUAUAAUGGUCAUAGAGAUGGUGGACGGUGAGCCGCCGUACUUCAAUGAGCCACCGCUCAAAGCCAUGAAGAUGAUUCGAGACAACCUGCCUCCCAAACUGAAGAAUCUGCAUAAGGUCUCUCCUGUGCUCAAAGGCUUCCUGGACAGGAUGUUGGUGCGAGACCCAGCUCAGAGGGCCUCAGCCAAUGAGCUGCUCAAACACCCCUUCCUAACAAAGGCUGGUCCGCCAUCUUGCAUCGUUCCUCUGAUGAGGCAGAACAGGAUGAAAUGAGACGUGUGACACUCAGAUUUUUACGGACUGUGCAGGUUCAGAUGAAAUUGAAUAGACCUAUACACAGAUGCGUGGCCCUCAGAGGUCAUGGAUGAGAGAUCUGUGAGUGCUCUGAAAUAUAGAGUUGGUGUGCAGGGGUAUUUGGUUUUUCUAAUAUGAAUCACUGAACUAUUAGGGGUGUAUUCCCUGAAUAAGAGGCAAUAAGAGUGUCUGUGUGUGUCUGUGUGUGUAUGUGUGUGUGUGUGUAAACAUAUGAUGCCAACACUGUUAAUGACAGUGUUCCAUGGCCUGUGCGUGCAUGCUUGUGUGUGAGCUUUCACUGUGAGUUGUGACAGUGGAGAAGCAACAAAUUGCCUGUUGAACAAUUUCAGUUGAUUUCCUGUAGACAUUUUGUUUUAGCUGAAAAGCCUGACCUGGAAUGACAAAGGGCUGUGGCUGUUUUUAUUUUUCCAUUUGGACCAUAUCUGGAUUUCAAGUGUGAGGAUUGGGUUUUGCACACGAGUUAGACGCUUUUAAGGAACAGAGAGCCUGUUGGCUGAUUUUAGGUAUAGUCAGAUACAACACUUCAAUCUCACUAUUGGAAAGUCUGUAAGUCGAAUUUUCUUCUCGACAAGAACAUCAUUUACAGACGGAUCCCAGAUUCUGACACUAUCCUUAUCACACCCAGAACUUACUACUGAGGAAGGAACUCGUUUGACUCAAAAAUGAGCCAGAUAAACUUUAUUUUGUAGCCAGAAAAUGACUAGAUUUCUGUUGUAAACAAAAAAAAGUACACUAAAACAAAAGGUAAACACUGGAGUUGUGUUUUUUUUAACAGAUUAAAUGUUCUUAUUUUUCUGUGCAAGUACAAUGAACAUAGAAAGAUAUAUCAGUUUGGAUGUUUCACUUUCUCUAUUGUGUGAUUGUUGUAUUUUUAUGAUUUGUUUUUACUGGUGUAUUUUAGAGUGAAAUGUGAUGAUUAUCGAAGCACUGUUGUCAAUAGAUAGAAAGCUGCAUUCCCAGUUGAUUCCAACACAGAUACUAUAGACUUAUUUUUGUAAUCAGAACAGAAGACUUUUCUGACUCACAUAUGCUACUUGGAUUAGCAGAAAAGUUUCACAGAAAGUACAUCACAUUAAAACUGAAAGAAAAAACAUUAAGGAACAUACCCAUGUUUGGUUUUGGUUUUAUCUUGUUCUCAGGAUUCCAUGUUUAUUUUUGGUCAAAAAGCAAUUCAGCUGAUGGUAGUAACACAUCUCACAAACUGUUCUGAGGUAGAAAAUGAACACAAGCUUUUAUUCCUGGGUGCAUGCAGGCUUCCUUCUAAUGUAAACGCCCUCCUUUAACAAACACACAGUGGCUGUAGUCAGUUGCUGACCUGAGGGAGUGCUCAUCCUGUUCUUCAGUUUAAUCCAUUAAUGUUUCAUUGUAUAGUUAAUGUAACUGCCAGACCACGAGUCCACCUCAAAGUGUACAAGCUUGAAAACAGGAAACCAUAGGUUUUUGUCAUUCAGCAAGAACCAUAUUUUUAAAGGAUACAGAAAGACUCUUAAUUGACACGGCUCACAGAGAGGAACAUUGGACAUGUUUGUUUAGAUUCAUCACUUUUCUUUGAAAAGAAAACAUCCCCGCGAGUCUGUCUCGACAUGCUGAAUAACACCACAAUGAAUUAAUUAGAUGUCAGUCUGUCCCAGGUCUGAUUAUUAUUGUUAUUGUUGUUACAUGCCCACUUCUGUCCACAGACAUCUGCAGUUACACGCUGUACCUUUUGUAGCAGUGGACAGUCAUUUAUACUGAGGAUUGAAUUAAACAUGAGGCUGUGACUCUCUUAUAAUUCACAUCACUCAAAAUAAUGAGAUACAGAAAUGCACGUAAGCAGUCUGCAGAUACAGUCCCCUCUUUGGACGAAUGCUGUGGUUUCCGUUCCUUCUGUGUCUUCCAGUUCAUUAUCAGAUCAGAGUGAGUCCAGAAUACUUCCCCCUCAACAGGCGCUUGCUGAAAAUGAACGAACUCUGUCGGCUGCUUUUCUACAUACAAAUCAAAUAUAUGUUGUUCUACACAUUACACACUGAUGAGCAGUCACUUCCUACCAUCCAUCAGUGUGUCUCACUUAAAACACUAUUGACUCAGUAGAUUUAUAAGAUAUUAACAAUGUCCUCCAGAGAAAUUGUGCUUACAAUGUUUUUUUCCAUACCAAAAUGAGCGGCUUAACAUGUUUGUAUUGAGUCAUUUCAGGCUGAACGUAGGUUACUCAUAAACUUUGUUCACGACAUGUUAUGGGGGCUUAAAAAAAUGCACUGCCAAGAAACUUCUUGUUGCUGUUUUGUUCUUUUCUCCUUGGCUGCUCACCAGACUGUGCGGUUUGACACAUGUCCGUUGCGUAUGUGUGAUUUUGGGAUGGCUGAGCUGAAUGAAAUGGACAGACUGGAUGACAAUCAGGUAGAGAUGAGGUGAAUCAGUUCUUCAUUUCAAGCUGCAAUAUUUUAAAAGGAGACACUUUUUCCACUCGAAAUCAGGAUCUUAGAGUGAUAUUGAGUUCAAUAAAACCCUUACAAUGUAGUCAUUUUUAAUCAUCACUUAGUGUUUUUGAAAUAAUUAUAAUUAAAUAAGUAAAUUGAGGACUGACAACACAUAAACAACUGAGGACUUGUAAAAUGCAUCUGGUGAAAGGUUAAAUCUGGUUAAAAUUUGCCUGUUAAAGCCACAGUUUGGAAAACUGCAUCAUUUGAUUUAAAUCUGUUGUAAUAUUGUUUUUCUUUUUU